UUUAAGAAAUAUGUCAUUAUUACCAAGCUCAUAUCUAGAGACUUAGAUAUAUAGAUAGGUAUAUUUUUCCACCUUUAAAGAUUUUCUGGGGGCUGGAAAGAUAGCACAAUGGUUAGUGCUCACAUAGUAGCCCUUUACUGACAGAGACAUUUCUCCGGCCCAGAUAGUAAUUUUGUAAAAGUUACAUAAUACAGUUUUACCCAACAAAAUUACCCAAGGAAAAAUAAAACAAAUGAGCAUUAGUUUGAGGCACAAAAUGGAACAGGCGGGCCUUUGUUCUUUAGACCUUCGACAUUUAUUUCUCCAGAUAAACCUUUGGACCAGGCUGGACAGGCCACCCCAGAUUGGAAUUGACCUUGGAAACAUUGUUAACCUCUGCCGUACUGCACAAUGGACUCCUUUCCUCACACUACUCAGAGACUGAGACUGUACCCAAUUAAUUUCUUUUUUCAUUUUUAAACUAUGUUUAUUUAUUUUUGUGUGGUGUGUGGGGUCAUACACAAAUUACUGAAGUUGGUUCUACCAUGUGGUUCCAGAAAUCAAACUCAGACUGUCAGACUUAGUAGCAAGUGCCUUUACCAGCUGACCUCUCUUACUGGCCCCCAAUCAAUUUUUUUACAAGACAUACUUUCUGAAAUCAAGUGAUAAAAUCUCUAAUCCUUUAGCAGUUUAAACAUGCCAUUUCUAAGACGCUUUUCAGGGAGGGAGGAUUUUUGAGACAGAGUUUUUGUGUGUAGCCUUGGAUGUAAAGCAAAACAAAACAACAACAACAACAAAAAAAACACUUCCAAGUAAAAUGUGUUUUUGUUUUUGGUCAGCUUGGCUGAUUUUUUUUUUCUCAGUUGUCAAUUCCCUGAAUGUCCAGAAUAUUGACUGGUAGUACAGGCAUGUAUCAUGUGACACAGUCAUGUAACACAGUGACUGAUAUUACAGGCAUGUGUCACCAUACCAAGUUAGUUCUUAAUUUUAAAACAUUUUUUUUUUCAACAAGCAAGUGACUGAGGAGAUGGCUCAGUGGUUAAGAGUGCUUGCUUGAUGCUUUUGUACAGGACCUGAGUUCUGUUCCCUGCACCCAAAUGGUGGCCACAACCAUCCUUAACUCCAGUUCCAGGGGACCUGAUAUCUUCUUCUGACCUCUGGGUAUAUAUAGAUAUACAUAAAUACCUGUAGGCAAAACAGUUGGACACAUAAAAUGAUGUAAAUCUCAAAAAGGAUUUUUUUUUAAACAAACAAAACACUGGUGCUUGGGAAUGUGUAUAUAUCAGUGAUGGAGUGCUUAUUGUCGAGCUAGUGUGUGUAAGGGCCUGCAUUUACUCCCUAGCACCACACACCACACACAUGCACAAUUAUAAAUGGUGAAGAUCUUGGAAAUGAGGCUAGCAAGACUGUGAGUAGCCAGCUGCCCUUCUGGGACAUCACGUAAAAUGAUGUAACUGAGUGAAAAAGUGGCAGAGAGCCUACCUCUCUCCCUGCUCAAGUCACUAAGCUGCUGUUGUAGUGAGAGAUGCUCAUGAGCCCCAAGCUUCAAGUCUGCAGUGGAAGGCUUCUUGAUCUGAGAAAACCAGCUUUUGGGACUUCAUCUUCUCUUAUUUGGAAGCUGAAAUCAAGGUGGUCUUCUGGUACCUCAGUGGAUUGUCUUGAGAAUCUUCACUGAAAGCUUUGCUGGCAGGCAACGAUGGCAAGUAAGGGGCCCUCGGCCUCUGCAUCCACUGAGAAUUCCAGUGCAGGAGGACCCAGUGGCAGCAGCAAUGGCACUGGUGAGAGUGGAGGGCAGGACAGCACCUUUGAGUGCAACAUAUGCCUGGACACAGCCAAGGACGCUGUCAUCAGCCUGUGUGGCCACCUCUUCUGUUGGCCGUGUUUACAUCAGUGGUUGGAGACAAGACCUAACAGACAAGUAUGUCCGGUUUGCAAAGCUGGAAUCAGCCGGGACAAGGUCAUCCCACUGUAUGGCAGAGGCAGCACUGGGCAGCAGGAUCCCAGAGAGAAGACUCCUCCUCGUCCUCAAGGCCAGAGGCCAGAGCCAGAAAAUAGAGGGGGAUUUCAAGGAUUUGGAUUUGGAGAUGGUGGCUUCCAAAUGUCCUUUGGAAUCGGAGCAUUUCCAUUUGGGAUAUUUGCCACAGCAUUUAACAUAAAUGAUGGACGGCCUCCUCCAGCUGUCCCUGGGACACCCCAGUACGUGGAUGAGCAGUUCCUGUCACGCCUCUUCCUGUUUGUAGCCCUGGUGAUCAUGUUCUGGCUCCUGAUCGCCUAAUACAGGACCUGUUUGCAUCUACAGCAGCACCUCUGGACUGGUGAUAUGCUACACACUCCUGUGUUUGACUUGUUUAAUCCCGACCCCUGGAAUCAAGGGUCAGAAACACAUCAAAGAGUCUUGCUUCUCCAUUAGAGCUUUGGAACUCAAAACCAGUUGGCGAGGAACCCCCAGUUUCACCACUGCUGUAAAAACCCUUCUAUAACCUCAGGUCUUGUGUUGAGUCAACCUCACACGGGUGACAAGUGAAGUCCUGGUCCAGACUCUCAGCAGGUCUCAGCUCCACACAGGGAAGAUAUGGGAAGAGUGAAACAGUUUCUUUCACCAGAACUUUAUAUUACAAAAAUGAAGGGAUGAACCAAAUGGUAUUUACAGAAACUUACUUUCAUCUUUUUAUUUUUAUUUUUUUGGCAGUGAACUUCAAAGCUUUAUUGUGCAGGACAGAGAGCAACACUUCUGCCUGCUCACAACCUUCCCUGCCCCCAACUUUUAAACUGUGUUUGCUCUGAGAUCCCUGGUGAUUCCCUUCAUGAUGUCCAUUGGAGUUUGAAGAAAGUAUAACCAGGAAAGCAGCUUCCUUCCUUAAAGACGGGCAGUAUUAGUCACAGUUCACCUUCACGCUGGAGGCGGGAAUCAAGCUGGAAUUUAUCACUAAGCCAAUUUAUCUUUCCUUCUUAAAUGUCUCUGCUACAUAUUUUCACUAUUCUGGUGAUUUCUUGUUCUUAAUUUCCUGGUGUAUACAAAUGCCCCUUGGUAAGUAGCCUCCACCCCCUGCACCGAGGGGUUCCCUUCCAGAUCCCAGUGCAGCUCUGUCUGCCUUCCUGCCUCCCCUUCCUCAGCAGAGACAUAAGAAUGACUGCCCAAGAAAGUCAGAAUUGCCGCUGAAGAUGCUGUGUGACCUUACCAGAGACUGUGGUCUUUGAUUGGCUCAGGGCCUUGUUCAGUGUCUUGGGCCUAGGAAGCAGCUUGAAUGACCUCCUGGUUUAGGGUAUAGAUUAUCCCUGGUGUCACUUGGCUCAGACUUCCCAUCAGCUUUCUCCUCUAGAAUACUGCUGAAUUCAGACUGACCACUCUGCUUCAGAGCUUUGAUGCAGGAACAGCAGGACAGUAGCCCCUUCCUCUCUCCCCUACGCUGUAGAUACCUGGGUAAUUCUCUCAGAACUUGCCAGGGAAACUGGAGACUUUCUCAGGUCAGCCCAGCUGCACAUAGAACACAACCAUCUUCAGAAGCCAUUGUCCUUCUUAAAGGAGGCUGGGACUCUCAUUACAACCUUGCUCCUGAUGUUGGUUUGGCUUGAUGGAUUUACCUGAAAACUCCCUGAGUGUGUGCUGAGCCCUGGGACACACAAGGCUCCUGAGCAAGCAAACGGCAUGUAAAUGUAAAGGGUCACAGUGAUACAGGGUGGUCUUCCUUUCUAAUUCUUCUCACAUGGAUUUGUUCUUGAACUUUAUAAGCUGCUUCCUCUGAGUCUAAUUAUGGGCAUGUGGUGCCAGGCAGAAUAGUUCACCUGCUGAGAUGGUUCUUGCUCUACCUUCAUCUUCUUGCUCUGCUUCAUCUUCCCGGAGACCUUGGCAGGGCAGCAAGAUAAGCCUCUACUGGGUCCUUUUGUUCACUUUUGCAGCACCCGGUGCCCCAGCAAUAACCAGAAACUAGGAGAAAGCCUUGCCGGGUGAUUUUUCUAGAUGUAACUAUAAUCUAUGGGACUCUAGACUUUGAGGAUGGUGAGAGAGCCCUCCUCCUCACUGCACAGUACCCACCUGCCAAUGCCAGUGUUAGUGUUGAAAUGGAUACAGUAUGAAGUAUUGAGUAGGAGGGUGGUUUGGCAAAUCCAGCUGGUAAGAAUAAGCCACCAACUUUAUAGUGUGCCUGACAGAUUUUAAAUAUUCUUUGUCACUUGGAAAUCCCCAGUUACAGGGGCCCCUGGAGUAUCUCUGUUCCAGAGAGAAUUGGUAGGAUCCCUCAGUUGUAGUAUAGCCCUAAGUAGUAGAGGGAAAACUUAAGCCAAUGAACACAAAAGAAAUGAGUUUCCAGAAUAAAUGAAAGAAGAGUUGUUAGUGGAGCAAAUCAUUUGAAAUCUGGUGAAAUGGACUGAACCCAGGUGUGGACUCAGCAAAGGCAUCCAGGGCAUGCAUAGCACAGCUGUGAUAGCCAUGUGCCCUCUGUGAACAUUACAGGGCUACACACCUGCCAGCAGCUGAGGCAGGAGAGCCAGUGUGGGAGUCCCCUCUCAUUUGUGGGCUCUUCCUCUAUAGGCUCAGCACUUGUCCCAUGGCCAGGGCAGCUUUCCCUUCUGUGUUUGCUGUGUCCUCAGCCUUUACCUUUCUGUCACCCCCAUGGACAGGGACAGUGAGAAAAUGGGAACACGGAAGGCAGCAUACCUUGACCAGCCACUGAUUUUCACUGUUGUGAAAGUGAUUUGAUUUAGAAUUAAAUGGUUUUGUAUUA